CAUAAUUAUGCGGACGAAAACGAAUAGGGAAAGAUUGUCGAAGGGGUCGACGAGAGAAGCAGAGGUUACAAUUGUUUAAUAAGAAAGAUUCCGAGGACGACGCGAGAUGGCAAUAGCGUGCAACCGUCUGUUCGGCCGAAUGACGACGUACGACAACACAAACUGACAUGAACUCUGCGAGCAAGGUUGGUGAGAUUUUCACCGCAGCCGGGGCAGCGUUUAACAAGCUUGGUGAAUUAACUAUGCAGUUGCACCCGACAACGGACUCACCAGCUGGUAAAUGGACUGACGAGGAAAUUGAGAUGCUCCGUCACUCGGUAAAGACCUUCAGUGAAGACUUGAACAAAAUAAGUGAACACAUCAAGGGACGAACGGUCUCUCAGAUACGGACAACGUUGAAGAAGAAAGCCUUCGAAGAGGCGGGGGUGCCCAUCAGGCAACAGAUAUUGUCGCAACAAUCGGUGCAACAGUCGGCGCAAGUGAAGCAACAAUCAACAGGGAACCAAGGAUUAAUGGGAAAAUCAGCGGAAGUAACGUUAAACAUGUUAAACGCACCGGAAUCGGAGGUAGACGUUGAAGGAUUGCCGGAAGAGUGUCAAGUGAAGCUUGAGUUCGAGGGUGCGACGGAAGAAGUCGCCUCUUAAGUCAAGAAUGAUCGCUUUCGAACUGCUGCUUUUCCAAAUCUCGAUCUCUAACAUAAGAAAAUUUUCAUAUAAUAUGCGAUUAGUGUUAAGUAUUAAUUAUCUACAUUCAAUAAAUUAUGUUUCGCAAUAAACUCAUGAAA